GCUUCAAUCAUUUUAUUUUUUACAAAUUACCGCGCUAAGACGUCUUCGGUCCGCCUAAAUGUCGAUGUUUAAUUCCGGGCUGUGACUUCGUUUCGUUCACCGCUGCAUCAUUCGCACGACUCACGGGUUGCCGUGCGCGCGACGUACACAAACAUUCUCUGAAGUGGAACAACCGGGCCUUUGUUUUGGGGCAGGUUUCAUACAAAAUCCGAUAUGUGAACAUAAUAAUCUACAAUGGCGCUCUCAACGAAUUGCUGGAAGUAUCUUGUGCUAACCUUUAACGUACUAUUCGCAAUGUCAGCAGUAGUACUGUUUGGAGCUAGCGGGUACUUCCUAUACAAGCUGUUCGUGUACCGCCAUUUCGUGGGUGCUGGAGUGCAAUAUCCGGCUGUCCUGUUGUUGAUGAUGGCUAUUAUUACAUGUUCCGUGGCCUGGAUCGGAUGGCGGACGACCAAGGCGAUGCACCAGUUCCACGUGAUAGUGGCGGGCAUUCUAAUUGCAUUGGUGGUAGUAACGGAGUUUGCCUGCUUUGUAUGGGCGAUGGUUGUAUGGGACAACAUUGAAGUCGACAUAAAACCCACAAUGACUGAUUACUUCGCUGCCACCGUUGCUAAAAAGGAUCCUAAUUCUGCAGACGCUGUGAGAUGGGACAGGCUACAUGUCAAGUUUGAAUGCUGUGGAGUGUCCGGGCCGAACGACUACAGCGUAGUCGGUCACGUGCCGUUCUCCUGUUGCGGCCAGGGCCCCCUGGAGUCCCUACUGAAGCCGUACGUGGCGGACUGUUCAACCCUGUAUCAACGUGGCUGCGCGAAACAGCUGCAUGCUUACGCCAGGGAACAUUUGUUAAUGAUAGCUUUGACUGCGCUUGCUGCCUCGUUGCUUCAGAGCUCGGGAAUUUUCUGCACAUUCUUCCUAGUGCAUGCAAUCAAGGAAAAACGCCGAGCGAGCAUUAGGACCUUGUCUAAUCGGGAAGCAGCUCCAGAUGAUUCGUUGCUAUCAGCGGCGUCCGCGCCUGGCUUGCCUAAGUAUUAAUUAAUAUAAAUGGCGGAUUCUGUGAGACUCGUUUUCCAACAGGAGAUCGCUCAGAUUUCUUUUUAAUAAAAUUUCAAACUAAAUUCUUUUGAAGAAAAUGUUAUACAAUUUAAGGCGUGUAGGUUGCCAAAUAGAGAAUACAUCUCGUGACCGGCGCAUGGCGUAGCGAUGGGGCGAGUUGUAUUUUUUUCAACCGAGUUAACUCGAGUUGACGUAAUUGCUGACUCGAGUUGCAACUCAAGUUGACUCGACUUAGUGUCUGACAUAGCAAUGACGAGUCGCAAGUAGCGAGAGUGAUGCGGCGUAUAUUCAUAUGAACUCGAACCGACGAUGCACUGAGUUGAGCACGAACGGCCGGCCGAUCGUGACUCGAGCGUGCUCUGAGGGUCGCCGAAGUGACCGAGUCAGAACGACUAGCCGAUGCGCUGUAUGAAUGAAGUAUUCGACUCGGCGCGAGACGAGUACCGAGCCGAUCUAGCUCGAGUUCAUAAAAACGUAGCUCGAAUUGACUUGUUGUGGGAGUAACUCGAGUUAAAUAACUCGACUCGCCCAUCGCUAGACUAGAUGGCGUAGCUACUUAACGAAAGAAAGAAAAAAAUAGUUUCUUAAAGUCUUAGUUU